AUGGAAGAACCGUUGGGCGCAGAAAACGGCACUGUUGGAAUUCUGGUCAGUUCUGCGGUGGAGGUUAAUUUGGGAGGAAAACUGCUCAAACCUGCAGUGGUCGGAGUGAAGCUGGACUUGGAGGCCUGGGUCGACAAGUUCAAGAUCUUGGCCAGUAACGUGUCCGACAGUCGACAGGGUUCCCACAAGUGUGGACCGUCCAGGAGCUGUGAGAUGGACUGUGAGGUCAACACCGACGACCUGCUCUGCUAUCUGAUUGACGACGGUGGAUUUCUGGUCAUGUCCAAUCAAAGAGAUCACUGGAAAAAGAUCGGCCUUUUCUUCGGCGACGUGGACCCUUACCUGAUGCACGCUCUCUACAACAACUCCGUUUUCGUUCGUCGUCAGUCUUUUCGUUUUCAGUCUGCGUGUGAACCCGUGAGCAGCAGCCACACGGGCGCCGCUCACAGAGGAAUCUUUGUGCCGUCCAUCGCUGACGUCCUCAGUCUGGCCUGGUGGACGACCACAGUGGCCUGGUCUGCAGUUCAGCAGCUGCUGUUAAGACUGACGUACAACAGCUGGAUGUACAGAGCCAUGGAAGAACCGUUGGGCGCAGAAAACGGCACUGUUGGAAUUCUGGUCAGUUCUGCGGUGGAGGUUAAUUUGGGAGGAAAACUGCUCAAACCUGCAGUGGUCGGAGUGAAGCUGGACUUGGAGGCCUGGGUCGACAAGUUCAAGAUCUUGGCCAGUAACGUGUCCGACAGUCGACAGGGUUCCCACAAGUGUGGACCGUCCAGGAGCUGUGAGAUGGACUGUGAGGUCAACACCGACGACCUGCUCUGCUAUCUGAUUGACGACGGUGGAUUUCUGGUCAUGUCCAAUCAAAGAGAUCACUGGAAAAAGAUCGGCCUUUUCUUCGGCGACGUGGACCCUUACCUGAUGCACGCUCUCUACAACAACUCAGUUUUCGUUCGUCGUCAGUCUUUUCGUUUUCAGUCCGCGUGUGAACCUGUGAGCAGCAGCCCCACGGGCGCCGCUCACAGAGGAAUCUUUGUGCCGUCCAUCGCUGACGUCCUCAGUCUGGCCUGGUGGACGACCACAGUGGCCUGGUCUGCAGUUCAGCAGCUGCUGUUAAGACUGACGUACAACAGCUGGAUGUACAGAGGUGACGUCCUGGUCGAAGGCUUUGAGACGAAGCAGAGCAGCUGUGUGACCAUCCACAGCCAGUUCUACUUCACCAACACCACCAACUCCUACAACAUGCUGCAGGACUGUGGAAACUGCUCACGGCUGUUCCACGCCAAACGCAUCGACAACACCAACCUGCUCUUCGUCGUGGCUGAGACGUUGCCCUGCAGCUCCUGUGAGAUCGAGAGACUGACGCAGGUCAGGACAAAGUUUCAAGAGGAGAAUCCAUGUGAAGUGCUGAGUAACGCACGGUAUCGCAAAGGCCCGAAUACCUGCUUUGACUACAGUGCCUUAGAAAACACGUCAGAGUGUGGACGAGGUUUUUCUCUGCAGGCUUCCGUCGGCCUCCUUCUCUGUGUUCAGCUUCUUCUGCCUCUGCUUCAUCUCUGACUAUGUGCCAUCAACAUCAUCUCUGUGGGUUAAGGUUCAGAUCUACGGAAGGGUUAGCUUGACGUCAAGAGCACAAACCAGAGACGGUAACCCCCGCCCCCCCCAUCCCCCCACCUGAAUAAGCUGACGCUGUCUUCACGGAGGUACUGCUUACUUUUAUUAUUUACUGCUUCGGUUGUUAUUUCAGCAGUUGUGGGGGGAGACUUUGUGGGGGUGCACUUUGAGUAGGUCAAUAUUCAGGGCAGAGUUUGAAUGUUUGAAUGUGUUGGUGUCACGAUAGAAAAUGUUAAAUAUUUUGUUGACCUCUUCACCUCACUUAAACCGGCCUCUUCUCGACGUACGUAUCAAAGAAACUUGGGAUAAAGAUUUAGCCUCGCCAAUAUCUGAUGAGGACUGAAAAAACCUGAUGCUGAUGUUCAUAAAUGCUCAUUGGUUGCAGUACUCGCGUACUAAACUCUGUAUCCCCAAUCUGCUCAAAAUGCAAAUCAGCUGCGGGAACUCUGGGUCACCUCUUUUGGUCAAACCAGUUUUGGUCUGAUAUUUCAUAAAUGCAAUAUUCCUCCAGACCCACGCGCUGCAGUCCUGAAAACCGUUCUUACUAUAUCAAUCAAGAAUAACAUAAAAGCAACCUCUCACUUUCUGCCAGUGUAACUUUAAAAUAUCUGACUGGUACAGGUCGUAUAACAAAGUACGUAUUAUUUUUGAGCAGGAUCUUUCUUUUUCUCUCCUUUACUUUUCUUUCUUUUCUUGUUUUAUUAUUUUUUAUAUACCUAUAAUGUAUAUUAAUUGUAAUGAGCAGUUUUGCCCAUUUACACUUGUUCAUUCUAAUUCUUUAUUUUGAUUUUGUUUUGGGUGUGUUUCCUACCCUGUUUUUAUAUAUUGAAAAGUUAUAUAUAUAAAAAAAAAAAAUAUAUAUAUAUAAAAAAGAAAUCGUUAAAUAUUUUACAGUAAGUCUUAAAUAUUAGUUGUUUAAAGAAGUUGGUUUUUUUUCCCCCCAACAUCCAGACUUUUCUGGUCAACCUGUCCCUGUGAAUGGAAGAUGUAGAUUAGAAAAGUUAAAAAAAUAUAUUUGCGCAUGUAAAUGAAGGCAGCCUCGUACAAACGACCACACGACGCCCAGAUACAGCAAUAAAACGCUGCAGUUUCUUAAGACAAAAGUCAAAUAUCAGUAUUGAAUAUUUAAUCAUAAUUUUUAUUUAGGACGAACUCAUUGUAUUAAAAUAGGGUUUUUUAAACUAUAAUAUAUUUCCACUAUCCAUGUUUUUUAUUUUUAUUAUUAUUAUUAUUUUUUUGCAUGUCCGUUGCUGGUGAAUAAAUUAGCAGAGAGGAUGAAAACUGUUACCUGCGACACUAGAUCUGGGCCUGAACCUCAUCGUCAUUUCAGUGUCUUCUGACGCGUUUGUUUCUGGUCAUAUAUUGAUCAUCCAUAAAUAAUGACAGGAGCCGGCGUGAUUUUUCUACUGCCGUCGCUGAAACCUUCGAUCUUUUGGCCCCAGAUUAUUUUCUUAAAGCACUUAACCUGAGGAGAGACAUUUAGACACGCGUUAAUAAUAAUAAAAAGGACGGAGACCAGAGUUUUAUUGGUGGAGGGAGAUUUUGGGAGGGGCUUUGGGGUGAGGGGGGGCGUGCGUCUACAGAUGAAAACCUGAAGUGCUUCCAGGUAGACUUGGAUUUCUGAAAAGAUUUUAAAAAACAAAACAAAAAAAAAUUCACAGGUUAUUAAUUUUGUGAAGAAGUUGUUUUUUCUCAGUUGAAUGAUUUAAAACAGAAUCGACUGAAAUGUUUACAGGAAGUGUCGUCUCCACAGUCACAGCAGCUGAUGUCGUUUUACAGCCAACAGUGUUUCUGUAUUGAAAUUCUUUUUUUUUCUCUUAUAAUAUUAAUAUUUGUCCAUUUUGAAUUAAUGCACUUAAAUAUGCUUGAUUAUGGGGAAUGUAGCUUCUUACAGUGUUGUAAGUCAAUUAUUCCGGAUGUUUCUCUGUGACAGAACAGAUGGAUGUAAAUACUUACGGUUGACAAUGACAAAAAAAAAAAAAUCAAAAAAU